AACAUCUAACUGAAAUAAAGGUUAAUCAAAGUUAGCAACCAAAUAAAUCAAAACUCGUAUAGGGGAAAUCUUAACAAUGGAAGAAAAUGUCUCCUCAUAAUCAAUGCCUUUAACAAAAAGUCGGGCUUUUAAACGUUCAAUAGAACCAUCAAGAUUAAAUUUCAUCGUAUAAACCCAAUGACAACAGGCAGGCUUUUUACCAUGGGGUAACGGAAUGAGAUCCCAAGUUCUAUUAUGAUGCAAUGCAUCCAUCUCCACCGCCAUAGUUUUCCUCCAGCCCAGAUCAAAUAAUGCCUCCCGUAAAGUCUUAGGAAUUGAGAUGGUAGAUAGUUGGGAUAUGAAAUAUGAGAAAGUAGGGGAUAAGACAUUAUAAGAAACAAAAAUGAUUAAUAAGAUGAUUAGUUACACAAGAUCGGGUACCUUUACGCAAAGCAAUAGGUAAUGCAUCUGAGACAAUAGUGGGGCCCGUAUCACAAGAUGGCGAUGGCAUAUUAGUAGCUGGCCUCAGACGACGAGAGUACACUCUCAAUGGAGCUGUAGAAGAUGGGGAUAGUGAAGCUAGAGGAGUUGAUGAGGAUGGAAAAAUAAUGGGACAAGAGAUGAAGGCAAUGAUGGAGUCAUCCCAAAGUCGAGAUCAAGAGGAGAGUGAACAACCGAAAAAUAUGGUAUAGACUCACAAAAGGUAACAUCGGCACUGGUGAAAUACUUAACAGGGCCCAAAAACGAAAGAAAACCCAUUGAACCGGACUGAAAGUGACCAAAAAGGCUGAACUGGGUUCAAAAACAAAAGAAAAUCCACCGAAUCAGUCCAAAGAGUUACUGAACUGUACUGGAACUGGGACAAACCAAAAGAAAAUCCACUGAACUGGUCCAAAGAGUUACUGAACUUGACCGAAAAUAGAAGAAAACCUGAUGAAUUGGACAAAAAAAUAUUGAAUCAGACCGAGCUAAAACUACUGGAUUUAGGCUCCCAAAUUCAAAUUACUUCCUCAAACUGGAUUUGGGAAGCACUCCAAGCUGGUCUUGGACUUGGCUUGGACUAAACUGCCAUUAGCAUGUCAACUAGGUAUGGGCUUGGAUCACAAGCCCGAAGAUCCUGAUUUCCAAAUGGUUCCCUUCUUCAACCUUUAGAACGAUUUGUACACCAACUCUGUGAGCAACGACGACUGCAACUUGAUUCAACAAACCAAUCAAUCAACAGAACAAGACCAACCGAUUCAACCAAUGAUCUGACCAAUUCAACCCACAAUGAUCAAGAACAACUGGGAUGCAAAUCAGGACUGUCCAAUAACGAUGACAACUGGGAUCUUCACCAAUUACCAACAAUGAUUACAAAGGCGCUCAUCGAACAACCUUCAACCCACCAUGCAACAUAUUUGAUAUAACUGUGUCAGAUCACAAACAACUACAAGAAUUGAUCAAGACCACAUUCUGACACAAAACAACAGAUGCCGAACUUGGGAAAUCUGCAAUCAGACUAAGAUUGCCACUGCUGGUCAUUUAUGUAAAGCUGCUAUAGAGAAAAGGAAAAGGAAAGAACGAAAGCGAAUAAUAAUAUAUCAGUUACAAACCCUAAGGAUGAUGCUCUAAUACCAUGUAAAGUUUCUAAUAGAAAUAAAAGAAUUCAAGAGAAAACUAUGUGAGGUAAGAAGAGAAAAUCUUAACCCUACCUCCCCUCUUACUUCAUAUAUAUAGCUAUCAUAAUAAACUACAAAAGACUAGUAUAACCAUAGUGGCAUACUUGUUACAGGUAUAAAUAAAUCAUAUUAUCUAACAAUAUCUAUAUCUCUGUCCUGUUUUGAAUCGACAUCGGAGAUCAAGAAGUCAUGAUUUUGGGGAGUGGGGAGAAGAGAGGGGCCCAAUGAAGCUCUAAGUAGGAUACAAAAACACAUCCUUGAUGCCAAUUUGAGCUCAAGUGUUAAGCAUAACUUGGGGAGGCGAUUGGUCAUGGAGGUAUUAACAAUAUUUUAUCCUUAUAGAGUCAGUAAUGUAUUUUGUUCCACAAACAAUAUAUGAAGACUGAUAUUUUUGAAGGUGGUGGGGAUAAAAUGAAACUGAACCAAAUCAUGUGGUGGAGUGAAAGUUUCCCUAUAAUUUUUGCUGCCAUGUCUUGCUUGUCUGGAUCCUACCCUUACAAGAUUUUUAGGGUUGUCAUACAUGCGGUGCUGGUUUCUUAUGUCUUGAGCUUGUUUCUAAUCUUCGCAGACAAGGAAUAGUUGAGAUAGUAGAAGUAUGUGCUACUUGGUGGUUCUGGGAAUAUAUAGAAGUAAAUGAAUCCAUGGAAGACCAAAUAGUUGGGUCAAUGCUUUGUUGAGUGACCUUUGUGAAGUAAAUCUAUGGAAAAGUGGUUGAAGAGAAUCAUGCAAUGGAAAAUGACCUGAGUUGAUUUGAGUGAACUUAUGACAGAGUGGUCAAAGGAUAUCAUGGGAUUGGAAAUGACUGUCUAAUGAGGUUAGAAUGCCUCAUGGAGUGGACAGUGCUAGAUUUAGGGGUGAGUUUUAGGUUUGAUUCAUUGCGUGGCAUUGCUGCAUUUUUGGAUGUGCUAUUUACUGCUGUUGCCAAGGAGGCUUUGGUAGGCCAUUAUGGAGUGGACAAUAAUGAAACUAUGAAGGUGCCAAGAAGUGGUGGAGCAGAUCCUAAUGGCAAUCAACCUGGAAAUCUUUAUGUUACUAUCAAGGUCAGAGAAGACCCUGUUUUUCGAAGAGAAGGAUCCAACAUUCAUGUUGAUGCUGUAUUGAGUAUUCCUCAGGCAAUUUUGGGAGGAACAGUUCAGGUCCCAACACUGACAGGAGAUGUUGUUGUUAAGGUCCGCCCUGGCACCCAGCCUGGUCAAAAGGUUAUUCUAAAGCAAAAAGGGAUUAAAACAAGGGCCAGAUACUCAUUUGGAGAUCAAUAUGUUCAUUUCAAUGUCAGCAUCCCAUCGAACUUGACACAGAGACAGCGCGAACUAAUUGAAGAGUUCUCUAAAGAAGAGCAAGGCGAAUAUGACAAGGUUGCUGUUGCAGGAGCAUCUGGGUGA